CGCUAUUCUCUGCAGUCUUUAGUUUGGUUAUGUCUCUGAAAGAGGUCCUUUGGGUGGGAAUAGUGCUUUCGCUAUGUACGAGCCUGGGAGAAGGAAACAAGGAAGAAGAAACUGUAAAUAUUUGGGCACAAAAUUUAGGUGAUGAAUUAUGGCAGCUUGGCAUGCAUGUCUCAAAAUACGACACCAUUAUUUCUAGUUAUUCAACAUUGAAUGCACGAGUCCUACCGACAAAUGGGGAGUCAAUACUGAAUUCUAUAGUUGAAAAAGUCAGCAAAAUGUUAAAAAGGAAAAUGGAUGCUGUUAUGUGUAUAAUCGAGGCAGCGGAAGCUUUGGCAGAGGAGGCGGAGACAAAUGUGACACGGCCGAUCUACUACAACAGUGCCAAGUGUUCAUCAUUUAUAGAUGAGGAGACCGGUGAUGUUUUCAAUUCCACACUGACCAGUUGCAAGUGGGAGGAGGAAGACCCGACUCUCGCAGAUGAAGAAAGGAGACCCUCAAACUUAUACAAGAACAUUACAGUCUCACCGGAUCCGAACUUCUUCAACAUCCCUGUCAAUACACACGAAAGUGCAGUUCACAUGCCUACUGAUGUCUAUGACUAUUUGAUGCCAGUUCAGUCAGCCUUGAAAUGGUCAGAAGAGUUAGAUGCAGUGUUUCGCCAGAACUACGAAGGCGAUCCAACUCUUAAGUGGCAGUACUUUGGCAGCAACACAGGCUUCCUCAGGAUGUAUCCUGCUAUUCAGUGGAAGAAGGAAGAGGAUGUGUACGACUGCCGCAAGGCUCCAUGGUUCAUAGAAGCCUCCACUUGUUCCAAGGAUGUGGUGAUCCUGUUUGACCGAUCUGGCUCCAUGAAGGGCAUGAGUGAUUCCAUCGCCAAGCUCACCAUUAACCAGUUGCUUUCAACUUUCAGCAACAAUGACUUCAUCAACAUCCUUGGCUUCAAUACUUUGCUCAAUGUACAUGAGAUGGUGCCUUGUUUCACCAAAGACAAGCUAGUUCAGGCAACAGAGGAAAACAUAAGGACAUUCAUGCAUUAUGUGAAUGAGAGCCAGCCUGAAAAUAAGGCAAAUUUUUCCACAGCUUUCAUCGCUGCAUUCAACUUGCUCCAACAGUAUAGAGAGACAGAGACAUGUCCAGACAAGACGUGUAACCAAGCGAUUAUGCUGAUAACGGACAGUGUAGCGGAUAACAUGACUGAGGUGUUCGAGUUGUACAACUGGUUCGAGAACCGAACCCACAUCCCGGUCCGAGUGUUCACCUACCUCAUCGGGCGAGAAGUUACCAAAGUGCGAGAGAUACAAUGGAUGGCAUGUCUCAAUAGAGGUUACUAUGUACAUAUCCAAGGACACAGUGAGGUGAGAGAUAAGAUCCUGAAGUACAUUCCUGUUAUAGCCAGGCCUCUUGUCCUUCAAGCUGUUGAUCACCCGCUCUCUAAUAGUGUAUUCUGUAUUUUGUUGUCAGGUUACUAUGUACAUAUCCAAGGACACAGUGAGGUGAGAGAUAAGAUUCUGAAGUACAUUCCUGUUAUAGCCAGGCCUCUUGUCCUUCAAGCUGUUGAUCACCCGCUCUCUUGGACUCAUGUCUUUAUUGAUUUCAUGGACCCCAAAGUAGAGGGGUGGCUAAUCGAUUCAAUGGAGUUCAAGGAACAACAGGACCGCCUCAGCAAGCAUUCUGCCACCCAGAGCCAAUAUUUUUCACACAGUAAACAAGACAGUCAAUAUAUACUGAGGUUCAAGAAGGGUGAGGAAGACGGGGGUUUGGAGACAACAUUCUGUGAAGGCUUUGAGAAGGUCUACGAAGAGGAAGAGUUUAACAUUGCGCCAAAAAUGCAGGAGUAUCGGCUCAUGACUUCAGUUUCCGGUCCUGCCUUUGACCACAAAAUUAACCGAGGAAAUGAGUCUCGAGAAGCACAGCUUUUAGGAGUGGCAGGCUCUGAUAUACCUGUCAAACACAUCGAGAAGCUUACAUUGCCUUAUAAGAUUGGAGCCAAUGGCUAUGCGUUCAUGAUCACUAACAACGGAUAUCUUGUGUUUCAUCCAGACUUCAGACCUGUGCACCAAGGAAAGUUACGAACUAACUACAACAGUGUUGAUUUGACAGAAGUAGAAUUGAUGGAUGAUGACAACAGCACACCUCGGGAACCACAUGAGAAGAUAUUAGAGCUGCGACAAGCUAUGAUCAAUCACACUGGGGGCCAGAUCAGUAACAUUUCUCAUCUCCGCAUGAAGUUCCCUUAUGAUGAUAUGAGACGAGUUGGAUCAGAAACCAGAAACUACUACUUCUCUGGCAUAAAGGGAACUCCCUUCACGAUAGGACUCGCACUUCCUGAGGGAUACGGCAACUACUGGAUAAAGGCAGGGAACAUCAUCAAGCGCACUAAACUGGAAGGUGUUCCUCUCACUAGUUUCUUCAGUGGCAACUGGAAGAUCCAUCCUGACUGGGUUUACUGCGACCACUAUAUCACUCGCAAAAAUAUGAGCCCGGAAGAAAAAUUAGUUUACUUUUUGAAAAAAAUAUAUCAAGAGAAAACUGACACUCCUGAUGGUGGCUGGAAGAGCAAGCUCCAGUUUCCCGCAGAGGAAGAUUUACAAGUGGGAAAUAUGACUUAUGGUUGUAACAAACAUAAAAUCAAGAGAGAUGACUACUUCUGUGAUGUAGAGUUGAUGCAGCUCCUCGUGUUUGAUGCUAAAAGCACUGACUCAUCAUACAAAGAUACAGUUUGGACACCGGAGAACAAUAUUGAGAGGGACUUGGUGAAGAAAUACGGAGUUUCAGUGAGGUUUGUGGCGACUCAGAGUGGUCUCACCAGGUGGCAGCACAUCACAGAACUGCCUCCGGAUCAACUAGAGUUCGGAGAGACCAACAACAAAGCAGUGGGUGAAGCCUGGUACAGGUCAGCUGUCUUGCAGCACUACAUCAAUGACGAGGACUUUGUCUUCUCUGUUCCAUUUGAUUCUGGGAAAGUGGAAAACUUGACUGUAACUGCGAGUUACGCAAUAUUCCGACGCGACGGAGGCCACGAGGCACCCGGGUCUGUGGUGGGUUUCCAUCUCAGCCACUCGGCAUUGUUUGAUCGUUUCAGAGAGGUCACGUCUAAGUCUAACUGCAAAGACUGCUUGGCCCCUUGUUCAUCGGAUACGAUCGAUUGCUAUGUCAUCGAUGGGAAUGGGUACAUCGUCGUCUCUGAAAACCGAGAGGAGACUGGAACGUUCUUUGGAGUCAAAGAGGGAGCAAUCAUGGAGGACAUGACUUCAAAGAAGAUUUUCCGGAAGAUCCCCAUGUUUGACUACCAAGCGAUAUGCUUUGAAGUCACACAUUAUAAUAAUGCUGCUGAUGUUCUAUUAACUCCAUUCCGUCUUCUGCACUGGCUGGUGAAAUCAUUUGUCUCUACGAUAGCUUGGCUUAUAGUUGAGUCCAACUGGAAUCACGUUUGGGCCGCUAUCACUGAACGAUCAUCGGAAGAAGAUGUUCUAGACUAUUAUGACCCGCAACAGACAGAAACGUUGGACGUAACGACCACUUCCCUGCCCAAGAUAGACGUGAGGACAGUGAAGUCUACUCGAACUUGCAGGUCCUGUGACAAGUCAGGCUACAGGUAUCUGCUUCAGAGCACUGACAAGCAGGCUGACAGGUCUUACUCACACGAGGAUCCUUGUUACAGGCCGUACUUUGUGAGGAGGAUACCUCACACAAACCUUUUGCUGAUCGUAGUCAAGGCACUGUUCCCGACCUGUUCUAAAGAGUCGACUACAGAGUUCAAGGAGGAGUUGUACCUCGCUGAGCCUGAUCCUAAGAUUCCAUGUGUCAAACUCUACCUGAACACAUUGCCGCGCAGACGGCUGGCCGGCUGCUACAAUGAACACCCCCAGGAGUUGGAGAUAGAGAAUUGUGGGCGAGGUGGCACACUGACUGUCAACUCGUUGUCCUGGCUACUCCCUGUGUGGCUCCUCAACAGAUUCUUUCUAUGAUCAGUAUUCCUCUACUUAUUGAUGUUCCCGUAUUUUUAAUGGUGAGAAAUUGGUUUUUAUACACACAGUUUUAAAGAGUAAAAUCUAAGCACCAUUUGGUUUGAAAGAUAUGUGAAUCCUGUAUUCCAGCACGCAUCCUCACUGUAUUUACACACUCAGUGUAAGUAUAAUAAAAGGUGCAAUAGUAAUAUUUUAGUUGAAAAGUCAACUUUUGAACGGAUUAGUAAGAAGACAAUAUUCGAACAAUGAAGUGCCUACUAAAAAAAUAAUUAGUUUUAUUUUAACAAAUUUAAUAAUUUUAUUUCCAUGUUUUGUAUUAAUGAAAAUGAACAUUGAUCUCGUGAGUUACUAUUGCAGUUUAGUGUUUUAAAUAUGUAGAUAUCAAUCCUAGAAGAGGAUAGUGGUUAGAAAAAUUUGACAUUAUUUGAAUACAGAGUAACUUUUUAAUUUUAAGUCAAAUUUUACAACAAGAUUUAACCGGACAUGUAGGAGCUUUGUUAAAAACUGUUUUUGUUUAUAGCUACAGUACGGUAUGUUUGAUGAAUAGCUUAUUAAUAGGCUACUAUCUCAGAGAAAAGCUGUUGAAACCCUCAAAGCUUUCAAAAUAGCUAUGUUUGGCUAGUAUUCGGCUAUAUCUUUGGUGAAACUGGUAAGCAAAGAAACUGGUGGUAAAACAUACAGAAAAUGAAAGUUGUAGAAUGAGUUUGAUGGCUGAUGAAGGUGAAAGUACUUUGAGAAAUGUUGUAGGAUUGUUGGUUUCAAAUAAACCAGGAAAGAUAUUCCUUUCUAUUUCUAAGUAUCUCUCUUUUGCUGUACAUCUUUAGUUUCUUUGCUUACGUCAUGGUUGUUUGAAAACAUUUUUAUUUUCCGUACUUUUAAAUUGAGUUUUGCUGUGUACACUAUUUUAUUUCAUGUAGUAAUUUUGUUAUUCUUCCAUUAUCUGUCUCAGUGUAGUAAUGUAUAUUGUACAGUUAAAUUAUUGUGUACAACACUACAAACUAGAUAAGGACAUAUACUUACUACUAACUAAAACAUUCAUCAUAUUUAGAAAAAUUAUACAAAGUGUAUAUUAAAUAUUAAUUUAAGUACACCUUAUGUUCAAGGGUUAUCACUUUAUUGAAAAAUUGUAAUUUUUACAAAAUUAUUAGCCUUAGAACUUAUGACUUUUACAAGAUCAAUUAUUAUUCAUUGUUUCUGUGUCCUGUUUGAUGAAGCCAUAUUUUAAUUCUUAGACUUACACAACCUGCGCCAUAACUGUCUUCUAGGUUUUCCGGUUCACAUUGUGUUAAAUCAUUGUCAACACAAUACAUAAAUCUUAAAAUAUAUUGACUCUCCUGCGUACAGACAUAUAUUUAUAUCAUAGAUUAGUUGAGAGGGUGUGAAACUGUAACUGGCUGAAGUUGACCAAAAUGACCAACGAGAGAUCAAUAUGGUGGUGACUCCUUUAUCACCUGGCUGCCAGCUUUUUUAUAAUUUGAUGCUGUAUUCUUUGUUGAAGUUAUUAUACAUUCCUUUUAGUAAAAUAACCAAAUCAUUAUUAAAUGCACUUCUCUUGCCAUGCAAAACUACUAGCUCUUGUGAGAAAAUCUACUUAUAACAUACUAUAACUGUAAAAUAAAUAAUGGUUAUAAAUUGUCAACUAAAGAAUUAUUAUUCAUAAAUAUGGGUAUAUUUUUAAUGUGAUCUAUCUGAUUAUAAGUAAAAAAUAACAAUAAAUAAAAGUUUUAAUUUAGUAUUGCAUAUGCACUUCUAAAUUGUUAUCAUAUAUAAUAAUAUUCUAGAUUAAUAAAUAAAACACUAGACAUGAUUAAGAACAAAGAUAUAAUUUUAAAAAAAGAAGUCAGCAUGAAGCAGCCUGUGUUAAAGUAGCCAUACUGAUUGCUGAUUGGUUACGAUUUAGGUUGCAAUCAUGAUGCAGCAUUCUUAAUUCAUCUGUAUUUUAAGCAGAUCUGUAUUAAUGGCAAUCUCGGUUUAACAUAUGUGACUGAACAUGGCUGUUAGUUGUUUUAACGUGGUGUGAACCGGAAAA